GCAUUUUUCUAUCACUGCAAUAGCAUAAAAAUUACUAUGGCAUUUGUUGAAUUUACUGUUGUCAUAAGCGCUUUAGUGGGUUUCAUUAGCGGAAUACUGGUUGCUCUAUAUUUUGGAAUUCAGAAAAGAAAUUCAUUCCAACCAAUUGUUGACGAUAAUAAAUUGCCUGAGAUUACUUUUGUUGAUUCUGGUGAGUAUAAAAUGGUUCUUGUGGUACGUCAAGACUUAGGAAUGGGAAAAGGAAAAGCUGCAGCACAGUGUUGCCAUGCUGCUGUUGAUGUUUAUUUGAAAGCAGAAAAAAAUCAUAAAAAGUGGUUGCUUGCAUGGCAAAAUAGCGGAUGUCCAAAGGUUGCUCUUAAAUGUCCUGAUGAAGAAACAUUGAAAGCUUUGUAUAUACAUGCGAAAACACUAGGAGUUGAUGCACAAAUUAUUUCAGAUGCUGGCCGUACACAAAUACCUUCAGGCUCUAAAACAGCUCUUGGUCUGGGCCCAGCGCCGGCUGACCUCAUCAAUAAAAUUACUGGUCAUUUAAAGCUAUAUUAACAAGAGUUAGUUGCUGUUAUCAAUGUUUUUGAUUUUUAGAAUGUUUAAAUUUAUAUAUAAAUUACAUAUUUAUACAGUUAGUUAAACUGAAACUUACUUGUUUUUCAGCAUUUACGACUAAAAUAAAUAAUAGUUCAUUAAAA